GCGGGCGGUGCGUCGUUCGAACGCGGCGCGGAGAAGCGAGGAGGCUCCUGCGGGGUGGCGGCAGAUCGGGCCUGGUCUCGUCCGUCGUUAUUGUGGAGUCUGGUUUCCGCACGUCAGUUUUGGCGAGCCAGCCAGGAGACUCUCUGCUCGACUGCGGGAUCGACUGCGGGGCGGACUCUCCCAGGCGCGCCCCGAGCACUUUCCUCGGAGGAGCCUCCGCUACCAGCCGCUCACCGUGGGAGCAGACAAGGACUUCCUGAAGCCGCGGACUAAACGAAAAGAAUCUGGAGCCACAGUGGGAAGGACCAUACCAAGUACUUCUCACUUCUUUUACGGCAGUUAAGAUCAAAGAGCACAACUCCUGGAUUCACCAUACUCGGAUCAAGAAGGUCCCUACAACUUCCUGGAAGGCAAUAGCAGAAAAAAGGUUGACAACUGGAACAAGAUGGUAUCUGUGCUCCAAAAUGUCAAGGCAACAAUGGCCUGGAGGAAACACCAGCUCCUAGCUGACUUCGAUGAGAAUGAGAGCCCUGGACCUGAAAAAUUCAAGAGAAGGGCUUCUUCGAGUUCUCUCAAUACCAUCCGCACGUCUCUAAGGAAGCGAGUACCAUUAAAGCAAGUAGAGUUGAAUUUUCAUAAGACCCCAACUUGGCAAAGUCUGGAAGCAAAACAAAAGUGCCAAACUCUUCAGAAUAUUAAAAGGACAGCAAAAAAUGCUUUUGGAACAGUGUCCCAGAAAAUACAGAAGUCUUGCCAAAGCCCAGUACACUCGAUGGUGACCUUUCCAGCUGAAUCCAUCAGCAGAAGCUGUGUAACCAGUUCUACCAAGAAAAGAAGUGCUACACCUCAAACCCCUUGCCAUAAGAAGAGUAUUACUCUGGCAACCAGUUCCAAGGACACCUCAAGAUCCAGCAAAAGAACCUUGCUUGGGCCAACAAGGGUGUCAGAACAUGGUGAAUGGAGGGGUUUCUCAUCCUGGCUUGGUAAAGAUGCUGUAUCUCUCCGGAGAUCAAGAAGAGCAGCAGCACUGAAAAGCCCUUAUUCAUCACCAGCUCCUGCCAGCAGCAAAAUAGAGUUUGACUGUGAGUUGGAGCUGGUCUCCUCAGGGAUUUGCCAAUUGAAGCGUAUCUCCCAGGCAUUUGAUGAUGCCAUUGUGCAAGAGGAGAGGCAACAUGCAACAUCAAAUUACUACCUAAUGGCACAAAACUCACAGCCUGUGCGUCCAUCUCAGAAACUUUCUCCAGCUAUGGGAAGGCGAGCAAAGAAACUCCAUCGAGCACUUGGUACCUAGACAGAGAUGGCUGUAACUAUUGCUACUUUAUGAGUGUAUAUAAAGGAGAGCUCUGUAUAGCACUUGAAAGGGUGCACUCUAUACAUUGAACAAACCAUUACAUUUUAUUGUCUUUCUUGACCCAGUAGCUCAGGACUUCCCUUGUUUUCUGUUUCCAAGUGAACAGGAGAAUCACAUUUAUAACACAGUAUAUUACCUCCUGCUGAGAUGAGGGACCAUCUUGAAUGUGACUUUCAUAAGGCAGUUAAGUGUUUUGAAACUCAUGUUGAAAUGCCCAGUAGGAAUGGCCAGAGCAAGGGCCACAGACUUAUGAAUACCAGCAUUUAGCCUGGUAUCCAACGGCCAGGAGUUUUAAUAUGAGUACUUUGCAUGCCAAAAGUACCAGUCCAUUAUUUUGAAAGCCUACCAAUUUUUUUCUGUAUAUGAACAAAGCAAAAACUAACACAUCAUGUUUAACUGAAAGCUAAUGAAACAGUAGUGGCUUGUUUGAGUUCUGACCAAAACUGCCAUUCCAAGGCAACAGGUUUCUGUGGAGUCACUCAUGCCACAACAGAGGAGCCAUAUUAGGACUCUUACUUCAUGGCCUCGAGGAUUGUUAUUAGUUUAUUUUAACUAACCCUAUCUUGAGUAGCUGGGUUCCAGACAAAUCAGAGCAACUUUUUAAUUUCUUGCUGCUGUUUUAAAUAGCAUCAUGACACUAGAGUUAAGCAUUGCUUUUGUACUACACCAUCUGUCUUUUAGUUACAAAAAUUGGUUACUACAAUUAAUGAAACCUCUUACAACUACUGUUAUUAGCUAGUAUCACAGUGCAGGUAUUUUAUUUGAAGUAUACUAAGCAUUUGAUACAUGCAUUUUGCUUCUACUUUUUUAAAAAAGUAAUGUGCAUUUGACAAGCCUUUUUUGGUAGGUGAUUCAGUUUAACAGUCUUUCAAACUAAAGCAAAGAUUUCUCAAGCUUCUAGAAUUCAACACCAGGGCUCUUUUCCACUGUAGCAGCUCUGUGCAAGCUUUUCAGAUUACGUUCACGCUAAGAUGAACCUUCAAACAUAAGACUGAUUUGGGAAAUUUUGGUCUACUUGAUAAUUUUUAAGAUGCACAUGUAAUUUAGUAAAAACUGUAACAAUUAAAAUUUUAAUUGUAUUAAGUAUAAAAAUGGGAAGCAGUCAUGUUUAAUUCUGAUUUACGUGUAAGUACUGAUUUUAAUUUUGCUCCUGAUUUUUAUUUUUUCUUGUCAAACUACACUGUUUUAAAAUAUUGAAACAGUUAAUGAGGCCUGGAGACAUGAAAACAACCCUGACUUCUAUGCUUUCAGAUGACUGAGAGGUUUAGCUUGUAUUAUUUCUUGAUGCAGUUUUUGUGUGUCUUAUAUGCUGUGGUUUUGUUGGUUUUUUUUUGUUUGUUUUUUUUUUUUUUUUUUAAACCACCUUUCUAUAUGGAACAGUAGCUUAAAGUUAUUCUUUGCAUGUACUGAAACUACUUCUAUAAAGCUUUCACAAAGAUGGUGUCUCAUUACUGAAAUAUCUUCUUAUAUGACUUUUCAAAAGGAAGGAGGGUUGGAGUUUUGUGAAAAGCCAACCUCCAAUCUUAGUAUUAUUUCAGAUAGUCAGAUGUAUUAAACAGCCUCUACUUAUACUGUUUCUGCUGGCUACUAGGAUAUGUACAAUGAUGAUCCCACAUCACUGGUAAGAAAAAUCAGUGACACGGUUUGCUUAAAGGCAAGGAGGGUUUUAUUUAAGUGACUAAUCUUUUAUAAGAUUUUAAAAACCAACUCACAUCAAAAUCUAUACCAGUUGUAGAAAUCUUACUCCUUAUUUCAUAUUAAGAAAUUAAUUAUUGUACAUUUUUGAAUCUUUACAAGGCAGCCAUAAGAAAUAUAAACAUUUGUCACCAGAUAGAACCUUCUCACUGACAAACAAUAUUUAAAAGUAUGCACUUAAUAAAGCUAUAGACUGAAAGAACA